GCCCCAACGGAGCGGGAAUUGCACUUGCCUCGGACCCCCCGUGCGAUUGUCAUUGCGCAGAAACACCUGAACGGUUUCGGCGGCAUUGCCAGAGGCUACGCCUUGAACAAACUUUUCGAGUACACCUACGACCUUUGGUACAACAGAGGGAUCGACGUAGUCUUUUUCUACGUCGAGGGUGCGCGGAAUCCGGCGGACGCCUACUCGCGACACUUCGGGGUGGACGCGACAGGGUCGCUGGAGGUUCACCGGGUUGAACCGUUUGGCGUGCCGUUCCUCCGGCACAUGUGGUGCCCGCUAUGCGAAGAGCGGCGCCGCGAGGAGGGCGGCGAGAUAUGA